AUGUGGGUGUGUGUGUCUGACAUCUUUGAUGUGAAGCUCAUUAAUUGCAGAAAAGUCAUAGGGUCUGCAAAAGGCAAAAUGCCUGAAAAUCUUUUCAUGGAUAAAUUGCAAGAAAUGCUUAGUAAAGAAAUCAAUGGAAAGAAAUAUUUACUUGUAUUGGAUGAUGUGUCGAAUGAGAAUCGUAACAAAUGGUUAAAAUUGAUAGAUUUGUUGAUGGGUGGUUCGAGAGGAAGUAAGAUCUUAGUAACUAGUCGUACUGAGUUAGUUGCAAAUGUUACAGGGACAAAUUCACCAUAUUUUGUAAAAGGCUUAACUAAGGAGGAGGCCUGGUUGUUAUUUGAGAAAAUGGCAUUCAAACAAAGGAAAGAGUCAGAGAAUACAUUUAAAGUAACAAUUGGUAAGGAAAUUGUUCAGAAGUGUAAAGGAGUCCCUCUUGCAUAA